AUGUAUGAGGAAUUUAAUGCUCUUACUAACCAGCACACUUGGAAUCUUAUUCCAAGAUCAAAAGGGGUCAAUAUAUUUCGUUGUAUGUGGUUAUUUAAGCACAAAUACAGUGAAAAUUGUAAAUUGGAGCAACACAAAGCAAGACUUGUUGUGAAUGGCAAGUCUCAACAGGUUGGUGUGGAUUGUGAUGAAACUUUUAGUCCCGUGGUCAAACUGGCGACUAUUCGUACUGUGUUGAGUAUUGCUAUGGCAAGAAUUAAACCACAUGAGAUGAGGCAAAAGCCUAAGGCUGAGUUGCUGUAUCAGCUUAAGAAUCUCAAGCUCGCUCUUCUCCGUGUUGCUAAGGUUACCAGCGGUGCUCCUAACAAGCUCUCAAAAAUUAAGGUGGUGAGAUUAGGGAUUGUGCAAGUAUUGACAGUAAUGUCACAGAAGAAGAAGUUGACAUUGAGGGAAGCUUACAAGAAGAAGUUUCUGCCACCUGAUCUUCAUCCUAGAAAUAGAAAGAAGAGAGAGAUAGAACAAAGAGAGGAGAGAGAAGGAAGAGGAGAGAGAUAAUGGAGGUAACUCUAAAUUUUUCAAAGGGGAAAAAACGGGGAGGGACGGGUUCAAAAGUCACGUGCCUUGCAUGUGGGGAGGGUCAACGCCAGAGUUUAGAGUCAA